AUGCCAGCCGUUCCAUUGCAACAACCGCAGGCAGAUACGACGCAUAUUCACCAGCAUGAGACGACGAAAACACCCUCCGGCCCCCAACCGUACUCGGAGGCAACCCUCGCGCCCGCUCCAGCCGUCAUCGACGUCUCCUCGCAUGUCGAACGUCAUGCCCAGCCACGCCGCUUCCUGGGACUCGUUCCUCAGAGUAUCGCCACGGGAGACCAGGCAGUAGCUAAGCGAGAGCGUAUUCGCACUAUGCGUCGAAACGCUAUGCAGAGUCUGCUCAAGACGGACGGCCUGCUGGGCAUCGAACAGAACGGGGGCCAGAUGGUACGACAGCAAGCCGCCAGGGCGGUGCACACAUUUCGAGUGCAUAAAAAGGACCGGCUCAACAAUGAACACCAGACUCAGGUCGAUAUCAACGAGAGCGACUCGGACACUACCAGCUCGUCAUCGGACGACGAACCAAGUACCUGGUUUUCCCCCACCCGCAAGAAAAAGCACCAGAGAAUUCGGAAAAUCAACCUCAGCACCACCAAGUGGGUUGGCACUAGUUUCGACAUUGGCCGCGAGUUCGAGACCCCUGAUGAAAAGCCUCACGGCUCCGACAACAACUCCCGAUCGCCGUCACCAACAAGAGGCGACUUGACAUCCGCACCUCUCCAGGAUUCGCCAGAGCAGGACGCGAGGGCGGCAGAGGCAACUGAACCGUCGAGCCCAACCCCAAAAGGCAAGGGCAAGGGCAAAGGCAAAGGCAAGGCACUCCUCACAGUGGACGCGGACGCACGAACGUUCAAGACGGCUCAGACACACCUCACUCCCGAAUACAACACCACACCAACGCGCUCACGUCCAACAUCUACCCGUUCCACUACUCAGGACACCUUUGUGACGGCCAAAAUGGCUGAAGAUGGCGGCGAAGAUAAAGACGACUUCUACUUUACCCCCCACACACCCAUAAGAUCAUCCAACAACGUUCACACUGCACCGAGCGAAGCGUCACCGUCAUCUCAUGUAGACGCCGGGCACUCGCCCACGUCGUCGAUGGCACCCCUGAUAACGUCCGAUGAUGACCCAGGGAAAGAUGUGAAACGCAAACGAGCUCCAUCACGAGCGUCUACUCGUGGAUCGCUUUCCCGCCUUUCCGUCUCUCUCAGCAGCGCAUCGAAGCGCAACUUUCCUCAUCGCCUCAAAUCGGCACUGCGCGUGAGCGGCGCCAACUUUGAAGCAGCGCCGGACGCGUUACCCGAGUCGCCUGCCAAGCCCAGGGGCAAGACAGUCCAGUUUUCUCCAGCUCUACCGAAGCCGCCAAUACGGGAGGACACUGUCGAUAUAGUGCGCAAGGGUGAUAAGGCACCAGUAGACCCCAAAUCAGUGCUCACCAGGACGGGUAUCGAGGUCGCUGGUGCCAGCGCUGGUGACCACGAGCCAGCUGUGGUGGAUACGGACGACUUCAUGCCUGGAGGGGUCGUCAUGCGUGACCGCGUCCUGGUUAAACUUGGCCGGCAUCGCGAUGAGGGUAUCACCUCGUUUGACGAAAUGACCCAGCGCCGCAGACCGUGCAUCCGUUUCGACCCGAUGGAGGAGUAUAUCGUGGGUAUGACGACGGUGUCUAUCGACUUUUACAAGGACUGGCCACUGGCCAUCCAGGAGAAAUGGGAAGGUACCAAGCGCCUAGCCUUUUCCGUCCCGCUAGCACCUCCAACCACCAUCUCGGUGUUCAACCAACGCGAUAUGAGCCUCUCGCUCAUCUGCCCGUGGUCAUCAGUCAUGCGUCAGACUGUCCGCCACCUCAGCCGCAGCAGACGUGCAGGAUGGCGGAUGUGGGACAGUGUGCGAACCAGCAAGACCAUCGAGGCGCUCGGCAUGGAACAUGUGGGUUCCGCCAUCUUUGUCAUCAAGUUUGGCGAGCGAACACGCGCACUCGAUUGGCACUGGUACAUCUCGGGCCAACUGGACUACACCCUUCCGGUCCAGAUUGAUAUCCAGGUUCCGGCACUGUCGCAGACAAUCCGCAUGCCCAUCCCGGAAGAGGCCGCCUCGUCGACGGUCAAUCGCAACGAUACCCUCAAGACUGUCUGGGGCGCUGUGGUGGACAACACCACUUUCACAGACAUUAUCCGUGACCUGGGCCACAUUCCCAGGCCCGAACUCGCGUGGAAGGGGCCUGACGCCACACUCGACUGGGUUGCGUACAGUACCACGGUCACAGGCAAGAACCGCGAAUGGGCUUUACUUGCCAGCUUUGCCCAGCACAAACGCACAGGCAAGACCAGCAACCUCCAGAUCCGCGAUGCAAACCACUACCCUCAACGUUUGCAUCUCGAGGACGACGUGGAGCUCGAGGAGCCAUUGGGUGUAGAGGGAUAUCUCACCCGACACAAGACGGACGUGUCACCAAAGGAGAUGGUUUACAUUUCGACCAUGGAGGGCGCGAUCUUCGUGUCAAAUGCCCAAGUAGCCAUUCCGCCGCUCCUCCCCAAACGCCGCGGGUCAACACCCGCCGACGUGUUCCCAGCCGUUUACGACGAGUUUCGCCGUUCAGAAAAGCGUCGCAUGGCAAAGUUUAUCCAACAAUGCGCUGGCUGCCUCGACUUUCACGACAUCAUCUCCGUCUCCUUUCCCACACCCAAGGGGGAGGAGGCCAGCGCUGCCGCGCCGCCUGAUACCUCGACCGUCACCACUCAUGUCCACCCCAUGUCUACGUCCCACCCCGUUCGGACCGUCGGGAAAAGGGGGCAGCGAGAGUUUGAAGUCCGUCUCCGUUCGGGCCAGACUGUGCGGUUUGAGGCACACACCCCGGUCAUUGCUCACGAGUGGGUGGAGCGUCUGAACGCCUUGGCCCAGUACUGGACUCUGCGCCGCCGUGUCGAUGCCCGCGAGCACAUGGACGUCGUCAAGGAACAUACCGGCAGCGAGGCCUUUGUCGGGCGCAACCUCGACCGACGGGCUGAGGCCAUUCUGAACAGCAUCUGGAACUGGUGUGUCAUCGAUGGGUGCCGCCCGAUUACCAUGUGCGGGCAGGUGUUCAUCAAGCGUGGCAAGUUUCGCAAGUUCAAGUUAUGCUUCAUCGUCCUCACCGCCGGCUCGAUUGUCACGUUUCGUCUCAAGUCUGCUUCAGGGAUGCAGGCCAGGAGCCGCCUGUGGCCGCUGUUCGGCGCCUAUAUCUACUCAGGGAAACUGGCGCAGGACGAGCUGCUCGAAUCGUCCAACGAAGCAGCGUUCACCCCUUCGGCGCGGAUAUACGACGACGGUCUGCAGGCGACAGACGGGGCGGAAGAUACGGGCUUUUGUAUACGUAUCACAUGGCCCGCGGGCCGCUGGGCGCCGGUCCAGCCGUGGGACAAGGACAGCGAGGACGAAGACGACGGCGAGGACUUUACUUCGCCACCGCUCAAGGAGGACCCGGGUACGCUUCUUAUUUGCCGAGCGAGGUCAAAGCUCGAGCGAGACCGCUGGGUCUGGGGUUUAAACUCAGAGAAGGAGCGCCUUGCCCGCGCCCACGUCCAUCAAGAGGAGAAGCUCCGCAAUUCCGGCGAGCUACCUCGCCACUCAACCAUCCAACACAUCGAUGGCUCGGUCGACGCCCGUCCUAGCUUCCGCCGCCACGGCUCUCGGGCCAGCUCGCGCAGUUCGCGGAGCUGA